GGGGCACGGGGCGGGCAGGGCCGGGGCUGGGCUGGCCGGGCUGGCCUGAGGAGCCCGGGCUGGCGAUCCGCGGGACGCGCAGGGCCCUCGCACCGCCCGGUGCCCGCCGGAGCCAGGGCCUGAGGGCUAGGCUGAGAAAGUUCCUCGAGAAUUUGGGUUAUUACAGAAGAGCAGCAGCGAUAAUUCGGGGAUAACUUGAAGCUUUUGAAAUUCCCGCAUCUAAAAAUUAAAGUACUUCCUCCAAAAAGAAGGAGCAACCGCUGACUGCAGCAGUGCAACGGAUUGUCCCUCCUCCAGGCGGGUAGGUUAUGCAGUAAUGAUGGAGGCUUCAGACGAGGAAAACUUUGGUGUAGCCAUCUCUUCCCCUUCUGAUGCAGAGUUUGAUGCAGUUGUUGGGUAUCUGGAGGAUAUUAUAAUGGAUGAUGAUUUCCAGUUAAUACAGAGGACUUUUAUGGAGAAGCACUACCAGGAGUUUGAUGACUCAGAAGAAAACAAGCUCAUCUAUACUUCUAUUUUUAAUGAAUAUAUCUCAUUAAUAGAGAAAUACAUUGAAGAAAAACUACUGGAUCGGAUUCCUGGUUUCAGUAUGACAGCUUUCACAAUGUCACUGCAGCAGCACAAAGACGAAAUGGCAGGUGAUAUAUUUGACAUGCUUCUCACAUUUACUGACUUCCUGGCUUUCAAAGAAAUGUUCUUGGAUUACAGAGCUGAAAAAGAAGGUCGAAGUCUGGAUUUAAGCAGUGGAUUAGUGGUGACAUCAUUAAACAAAUCAUCAAUAUCCUCCUCCUAGAACAGUUCGUGCACUACUUUCCUUUUCCAGAUGAGUGCUACUGCUUUCAUUUGGACAUUAAAACACUAAAGGUCACAAGAAUCAAGGUGCUUUUACAUGAUGAAAACUCUUUCGUCCUCCAGUCUAUGCUGUCAGAUACCUGAUCCUAGAAACAUGUUGGUAUUCAAUAACCACAGAAGAAGAAAAUUUCAACCCUACCACUGUAAUUGUUUUUAAUAAAUACAUAGUGUUUGUGCACCGUUCUAAUCGUUGCACAUAGCGAGAAGCUCAGCACGGUGAGGACAAUAGAUAGGGCUGUACGUGUGUUUUAUGGGUUGACAUCUUAUCCAUCUCCCCAGAAGGCAGAACUUCUCAGAAUCAAGAAGGCAGUGUGUCUGUCCAGCUCUUGGAAUGACAGAUGCAAAUACAUAAUGCUGAGUUUCUCCUUGUCAAUGCCUUUGUUUUUU